ACGUGCAAUAACGAUCAAGACAAGCGAGGCCACAAGCCUUGCGUUAGCGAGAGAACCGUGGCGCCGAUUUUACGGGAGCUUUCGGAGGGACUUUUCAGUGGAUUGCAAAAAUUCUCGCUCGAAGCACCCAGAGUGGCGUCAGGAUCUGGUUGUUAGCAUCAUAGCUGGUAGUGAUUUUGUGGACCCGACCACCACCCGGAUGCGCGCUUAAUAACACCUGAUACUGUGACAUCCAACAUGAGCGCUCGGUACGGCAGAUUUUACUCUCUUCUGCACCAAUCCAUUCCCGCUUCUCAAAGACUCGUCCAACAUACUCGACGAACGAUGGCUUCUAAGGCAGGAGGAGCAGAAUGCCCAGUGCACAAUGUCGCUGGAGGUGGCACGAGGAACACGGAUUGGUGGCCCGAACAACUCCGUCUCAACAUCCUCCGUCAGCACACCAAUGUCACCAACCCACUCGACGACUUCGACUACCCCAGCGAGUUCAAAAGCCUUGGAAAUGAUUACUGGGAGUUGAAGAAGGAUUUACAUGCGUUGAUGACCGACAGCCAAGACUGGUGGCCAGCAGACUUCGGACACUAUGGCGGGCUGUUCGUCCGGAUGGCCUGGCACAGCGCUGGAACAUACCGUGUGUUUGACGGCCGUGGUGGUGGAGGCCAUGGGCAGCAGCGUUUCGCGCCACUCAACAGCUGGCCUGACAACGUGAGCCUCGACAAGGCUCGCCGCCUGCUUUGGCCGAUCAAAAACAAGUAUGGAACGCGCAUCAGUUGGAGUGAUCUCAUGCUGCUCACCGGCAACGUCGCCCUCGAGUCCAUGGGUGUCAAAACCUUUGGAUUCGCCGCCGGCAGAAACGAUGACAACGAAGCUGAUGAGGCAGUAUACUGGGGCGGAGAGGCCACAUGGCUUGGCAAUGAGGUCAGAUAUAGUGAAGGCCAGCCUGGUCCGGAUGGCCACGGCGUCGUAGAUGGCGACCAAUCUAAGAUAGAUCACUCGGACAUCCACUCCCGCGACCUCGAAAAGCCUUUGGCCGCCGCCCACAUGGGUCUGAUCUACGUCAAUCCCGAAGGCCCAGACGGCGUUCCGGAUACCAAAGCAUCGGCCCGCGAUAUCCGCACCACUUUCAGCCGUAUGGGGAUGGAUGACGAAGAAACAGUCGCCCUCAUUGCGGGUGGCCAUACCUUCGGCAAGACUCACGGCGCUGCAUCAUCCGACCACGUCGGCAAGGAGCCCAACGCUGCAAGCCUCGAAGAGCAAGGCUUCGGCUGGCACAACAGCCACAAGACUGGCAAGGGUCCCGACACGAUCACUUCUGGCUUGGAGGUGACAUGGACAAGCCAGCCCACCACUUGGACGAACGACUACCUCAAAUACAUGUAUGCCUUUGAGUGGGAGUUAGAGAAGAGUCCAGCUGGAGCUUCGCAGUGGGUGGCCAAGGGCGCGGAAGCCACAAUUCCCGAUGCCUAUGAUGGAAAUGUCAAGCACAAGCCUCGCAUGCUUACCACAGAUCUUGCGCUCCGCUACGGAGACGAGAACUACGACAAGAUCUGCCGCCGAUUCCUCGAGAACAACAAUGAGCUUCAUGACGCCUUUGCACGGGCUUGGUUCAAGCUCCUGCACCGUGAUAUGGGGCCACGUUCGAGGUGGUUCGGCCCCGAGAUCCCAUCCGAAGUCUCUCUGUGGGAAGACCCGCUGCCAGAGCAUGAUGGCCCGGUCAUCGAUGAGGCGGACAUCAAAUCUUUGAAGCAGAAGAUUCUCGCUCUUGGACUGCCGCUGAACCAUUUCAUCCUUGUGGCUUGGUCUUCAGCCUCGACUUUCCGUGGUACUGACUAUAGAGGUGGAGCCAAUGGCGCACGCAUUCGACUAGCUCCACAGACAAGCUGGCCGAUUAACAAUCCUACGCCUGGUCCUCAAGGCUCGAUCCUUCAGGAAGUCUUGCGCGGACUUGAAAAUGUCCAACACGAGUUCAACCAAUCUGGGAAGAAGGUCUCCGUGGCCGACCUGAUUGUACUUGCCGGAAGCGCCGCUCUUGAGAAAGCCUCCGGCGUGAGCGUGCCUUUUACUCCAGGUCGCGUUGAUGCCACCCAAGAACAGACGGACGAGACCGGCAUGGCCCAUCUUGAGCCACAUGCCGACGGCUUCCGCAACUACGGCAAGAGCACAAGCCGUGUGAGCACGGAGCGCAUGCUCAUUGACCGCGCACAACUGCUCGGACUCUCCGCUCCUGAAAUGACUGUCCUCGUUGGUGGGCUCCGCUCCCUCAACGCCAACUGGGAUGGCUCAAGCUAUGGAAUCUUGACCAAGAACCCUGGCACGCUGUCAAACGACUUCUUCAAGAACCUGCUCGAUAUCAAUACGGAAUGGAAGCAAGGCAAGAACGGCGAGGUCUUUGAAGGCUUUGAUCGCAAGACGGGCGAGAGCAAAUGGCAGGCGUCGAGAGUAGAUCUUGUUUUCGGCUCCCAGCCGGAGUUGAGAGCUAUUGCGGAGGUCUAUGCCAGCGACACGGCAAAGGACAGGUUCGUCCAGAAGUUUGUUGCGGCUUGGACGAAAGUCAUGAAUGCGGAUCGCUUCGACCUCCGCUCACAGCCGGGAGCAAGCAAGGAGCACGCUCGUUUGUAGGUGGGAACGUUUACGAAGCUAGAAACUGCGUACUGGGU